AUGGUGAUGGUGAUGGUGAUGGUGAUGGUGAUGGUGAUGGUGAUGGUGAUGGUGAUGGUGAUGGUGAUGGUGAUGGUGAUGGUGAUGGUGAUGGUGAUGGUGAUGGUGAUGGUGAUGGUGAUGGUGAUGGUGAUGGUGAUGGUGAUGGUGAUGGUGAUGGUGAUGGUGAUGGUGAUGGUGAUGGUGAUGGUGAUGGUGAUGGUGAUGGUGAUGGUGAUGGUGAUUAUGAUGCUGCUGCUGCUGCUGCUGCUGCUGCUGAAGCAAAGAAUGGUACUAGAGGAGACAGGAAUGGUGGCCUAUCGAGAAGACUAUGAAGAUUCGGAGGAGCAGUGGAUACAUCUCGAGCUCGCUUGUGAAUGUGCUUCCAGCUGA